AUGAUUCAACUUUCAUCCUCGAUUUCAUCGCUUUGUUUUAAAACAAAUUUAAAACAAACUGAAAUUGUUUCAUUACCUGAAACAAAACCUAUCAUGCACCCACAAGAAAAUAAUUUGAUUAGAAUGAAUCAUACAGAUAAAACUACACAAGGAAUUGACGCAAUUUCAACAGUAAGUGUUCAAGAUGCAGAAUUAUUAUUAUCAUUCAGUUCAAAUGCCCAAAAACCAAGAAAACUUCAUCCAAAAUUUCGACCAUAUAUUGGUGAACCAACUAAUAUUUCACUUUCGACAUUUGAUAAUUUAACAUUAUCAAAUAAUUCAGAACUUAAGCCUCGAUCUGGUUCAUUAUCUUCAACAUCGGAUGAAUCAUUAUCUGAUAUUUCAUCUACACCAUGCACAUCUCCAUGUUCUUUAUCAAAUGAUGAUUGCCAAUCAUAUCCACCUUCUUCAAGUACAACUCCAAUAUAUUCUCCACCAACAACAGAUAGUAAUAAUCCAGAAUAUCACAUUCUUUAUCUUAAUCUCAAUGGUGCAUAUCUUCCUAUUGCUCAAACUUCAUUUAUAGUUCAAACAACAUCACAAUCAACAAACCCAACAAUAUCAAAAUCUAUAACAAGAAAACAAUCCUUAACAUCAGAUCGGAAAAAGAACUAUGUUUGCUCAUAUGCUGGUUGUAGUAAAUCAUAUUUCAAAUCAUCGCAUCUUAAAGCACACGUUCGUUUACAUACUGGUGAAAAGCCAUUUUCAUGCUCAUGGGCAAAUUGUGACAAAACAUUUGCACGUUCGGAUGAAUUAAGUAGACAUCGAAGACGACACACUGGAGAAAAAAAACAUGUUUGUUCCGUAUGUCAAAAAGCAUUUAUAAGAAGUGAUCAUUUGGCUAAACAUCAAAAACGUCAUACAAAAUCAACACUAUUAUCUUGA